GUGCAAACACUGAUUGUUGACAUAGAACCAGAUGAACAUGUGAAGCGAGCAAUGAAUGAAAUUAAUGCCGCUGCAAGGAUGAGGGUGGCUGCUAAUGAAAAGGCAGAGGCUGAGAAAAUCUUACAAAUUAAGCGAGCUGAGGGUGAGGCUGAGUCAAAGUAUCUCUCUGGACUUGGUAUCGCUCGCCAACGUCAAGCAAUUGUUGAUGGUUUGAGAGACAGUGUGCUUGGCUUUUCUGUUAAUGUUCCAGGGACAACUGCAAAGGAUGUCAUGGACAUGGUCCUUGUCACCCAGUACUUUGACACCAUGAAGGAAAUCGGUGCUGCCUCGAAAUCGUCUGCGGUGUUUAUCCCCCAUGGACCUGGCGCUGUUCGCGACGUUGCUAGUCAAAUUCGUGACGGGCUUCUCCAGGCUUCUCACCACAACCAGUAGUUGUUCUACUUCUCAAAUCUUCUUUCCAUGCUUGGCUUAUGCGCAGGGUGUUCUCUCUUUUAGGAAAUGAUAUGAUAGGUUCUAAGUUCUUAUUCCUGGUUGCGAAUUAUGUUCAUAUAUCUACGAUGGAUUUUUAGGUUUAAGGAUUGAAGUUGUGAGAACUAAGUUUGACGAGUUAUAGUAGAUAUUUGAAUCAUGUGCUCUUUUCCACUUCAAAUAUGUGCUCAUACCACUAGAAUUUGCUUACACUCCUAUAUCGGUCAAUAAAAAGCUUACCGAAGAUAUAAGCUUUUACUGUUCUUGUAAUAAUCUCUUCAGAUGUGAAGUUUCAUUGUUGAGACUUGAAUAGCAUCAUGUGCUUGUGGGCUUUCUCUC